AUGGACUAUGUUCAUCAUGUGGCAAUCCCAGAACGUCCUGAGUUGAAAUUGUCCUCCCAUGGAAGGAAGGUAGAGAAAUUUGGAAGGCCUGCUCCAGAGAUUGAAGGCAUAAUGGCUGCCACAGGAUUAAGUCCCCUGAUUGCAUGUUCCUUGGACACUGGUGACAGGAGACUUAUAUCUGCUUUUGCGGAGAGGUGGCAUAAGGAAACUAGUAGUUUUCAUCUUUCGAUCACUAUCACCCUCGAUGAUGUGACAUUGUUGCUUCAUCUGCUCGUUAUAGGCACCUUUCAUAGCUUUGAGGCUCUUCAUGUAGACCAAGUUGUGGACUUGUUAGUUGACUUGCUUGAAGUCAAUUCACAAGAAGCAAGAGAAGAGACAUUUCAAUGUCAUGAGACAUAUGUUCGACUAUCCUGGCUACGAUACAUUUAUCAUAGCAAAUGUGAUGUAGGACAAUGGACUGUAGCAGCUCGAGCAUAUCUUUUGCAUCUAGUAGGUUGCACACUCUUUGCUAACAAGAGUGUCACACACAUGCAUGUGGUAUUCUUGGAUGCAUUUCGUGACCUCAGCCAAACUGGAAGCUACGCAUGGGGAGUUGUUGCACUUUGUUGGAUCUAUGAAUAUUUUCCUACUAUUACUUCUUCUAUUGUUGCUGAAGAUUAUCAUGAGAGGAAACCACGUGCUUGCCGUUGGAAGUCUGGGAAGGCAUUACCAGUGUCGACAUAUCGGAAGCGGUUGGAUAGAUUGACGUCUGAUGUUGUGUGCUGGAUUCCUUAUGGUGAUCACCAUGAAUUCAGAGAGUUUGAGUUGAUCUCAUUAUUUUCCAGACAUAUCAGAUGGGGUCCAUCUAUUGUCAUACACAGAGAGAGUUGUGCACCAUGUGCAUUGGACUACAUGAACUGGUUCUACUUCAUAUCUCACCCCUUCAUGAGUCCGACACAGCUUGAGGAUCCUCCUAGACAUCCACCCAUGGUGCAUGAUGAUACAUUUAUUGAACCAGAUCCUCCUCAGUAUCCGGUCUCCACAGUGGCUAUGCCAGAACCACCUGCAGCUGCACCUGCUGAUGUAGACAUGCCUCGACAUGCACAUGAGGUUUGCCAAGCAAUAAUAGAAAGGUUGAAACUCUUGAUUAACCUGAGGGUAGUCACUGAAGGAACAUACGCAUACACUGUGACCGAGGAGUGCCCAAGGAUCACUAGGAGUGUGACUAUGCAAGGGAAUGUAUAUGUUCGAUCGAGACGAAAAUGGUGUAUGCCGGAUGCAUGA